AUGUUCUGCUAUUUGACACUGAAUAUUAAAAAGCCUGUUUUAGCGGUGUACAACAAUAAUUAUAGAUAUAGUGAUUCUGUGCAACGAUUUGCCAUGGCACUUUAUGUGUUAGGUGGUAAAAUUACAUACGAAUUCGUAAGAGUCAAUUUAUCCGGUGCAUUACCUAAUUUAAUAGCGCUGAAAAACUAUGUCUCUAAUGCCGAUUUAAAAUUAAUUGAAGGAGAUUUUAGGUUUAAUUCAUUACAACAACAUUUAAAUUCAAUAAAUACAAAAUAUGGCUUUGGCUCUGAAGAUUGUACUGGUGUGAUUAGAAAAAUUAAAUAUAAUAAAGGUACAAAUACAUUUAUUGGAUUUUGUACUCCAUUGACUAAUGGUAUACCAACUGUAAAACAUUUCCAAACAGAGCCAUUGGAACAACUGAAAACCUGGUUUAGUAGGAUCGAAAAGGCGCCAUUGUUAAAUAUUUAUAUGUUUCAACCCGUAGUGCAAAGCAUGGAUCAAUCUUCUCCAUUUCUCAUAUCUGUAUACGGUGUUAAUAAUCAAUAUACAAGCAUUGAUAUAAUUCAACGAUGGUCAUAUAUUUAUGAAGAAUAUAAUAACAAAGAUCCAAUUCAUGUGGCUACAAAAUGGCGAAAUAAAAUGUUAUCUAAAGCAGCACAAAUGAUAAUGGGUCAACAAACAGUCAGUUUACAACAUUUAGCCGAAUAUUAUUAUUAA